UCUGAUGCACAUGUCACCAAAUUAUCUAUAAAAAAGCGAUCAUAAUUAAAAAAUUAAAACAAUGGUUUUAAAAAAUCAGUUCUGUAAUACAUAGCUUCCCACGCAUAUCUAUAUUAAAUUUUUUGCUAUGGUGAGCUCCGUUAUGGUUUCAUAUCGAUCAAAUGACGCGUAUACCCAGAAAGUGUGUUCGAUAUUUGAAGGUACUCAUUGCGGAAAAAAUUUAUAUUUUAUAUGAUAUUUUUAAUUUAAAAAAUUGUAUUUAAAUAUCAUGGAAAAUAUUGAAUAUUCACAAUCAGUAUAUCCCUCUAAGAGUCGUUUAGAUUCAGAAGGGACCCAAAUAUUUCAGCAAAAUGACAUGAAAGAGGCAAUUACAAAUUGGAAAUAUGUCAGAUCUUUUUCGCAUCCAGAAAUCAAUUGUAUUUCUUCUUUUGAAUAUCGGCCUGCAUUUUCAAUUGGAAAACAUAAUGAAAUAGAAAAUAUUUCAAUUCCACAAUUAUAUGAUUGGUUCUCGAAUAGAUCAUAUACAUCUAAAAUUGACAUAAGUCAACAAUGCAACAAAAAAAACACUCAAAUGAGCGAUAUGAAUAUCAAAGUUACAAGAAGCAUUGAUAAAGCUAAAGAAUUUUUUGUUAAAAGUGGAAUUUUGGGACCACUAAAUUUGAGCAAAUCGUGUGAUUUGAUAAAAAAAACAUCCAGAAUUCAUAUUGAUCAUGGUCUAAAAAGUCAGAUACGUAAAACCUCUAUGUGUCUACGAUAUAAAAAUGUUCGUGAAGAAUACACCCCACAACUUAAGGAAAAUUUUGAAGAUUCAAAUGAUUUACAAUUAAAUAAUAUGAGAAUGCAAAUUUACAACUUAAGAGCUAUAAUCGAAACAGGGGAAUCCAAAAUAAUUAUGUUACGAGCUGAAGUCAAUAAAAUGAGGAGUGUACUACAGGAAAUUAUAUAUGCACACUCCCCAAUUCGAAAGCAAAUAUCUGCGGAGAUCCCCAAUCUUUGUGAUUUCUGUGUUAAAUAUUAAUGCAAUUUUUUUUAAAUAAUAUAUAACCUUUUUUGAUGAACGCUGACGUACAACAUUUUCAAAUGGCUCAAGUGUAUACCUGUCG